AGUAUUUGACGAAUUUGAUCGGAAACGCGGCAGCUUUACACACCAGCUUAAGGCAUGUUUCCUUCACCCCAGGUGUGUGUGUCCACCCUGGUGACUGUGAGCACAAUGGGUGUGCUCGACCUCUACCUCCUGGAGCAGAGCAUGCUGGGCCGUGGGGCUUGGCCGGCAGCAUGGGCAUACACGGCAGUGGCACUGGGUGACCUGGGCUUUCUACUGGCGUUGCGGUUUGUGUCAGCUGGCGUGGCUUCGGAGGCACGCUCUCCACGCCGUGGUUUUGCCAGCGCGCUCUGGUUCCUCUUCCUCUCCCUGCUGGAGCUCAAGCUCUUCUUUGUGUACCAGAACUACAGGCAUGAACGUCGGCCAGCCGACCCCUUGGCACGAAAAACCCUUACGCUGCUGCUCUCUGUGGGCCUGCCCUCACUUUUUGUGGUACUGACAGGAGCAGAGCAUGUGACACCGAUUCGCAGGAAGCAGGAGGUGCGUGCUAGGCUCCUGUGGGUGGCCCUGGACCUCCUAGAUGUGCUGGACCUGCAGGCAGGCCUGUGGGAGGAGGCACAGAGCGGUGCGGUGGUCCCAUUAUGGGUGGACGGUGUCAUUUUUUUCUAUUGCUACGUUCUACUGCUGCUCCUGCCAUGCGUCUCACUUACCGAGCUGGCACUUCCAGUCCUGAGGCGAGCUCGCAGGGAGGCUGUGUACCCAUGGCUGAGUCUGGUAACUAUCAACGUGAUGACACUCGUGCUCAGGGCUGUUGGAGUGCUCUGGUACAGGGACCCAAGGGUCUCUACUGUGUUCGUGGGGAAGAACGUGCUGGCGAUGGCCCUCAAGCUCAGAUCAGCCUGGGAAAGGCGCAGGAACAGUAGGGAAAGGGGGCAGGGAGAAGGUGACGAUGGUGGAACGGGAAACCAGACUUUAAGAACAGAUAUGGAGCGAGCGGAUGAUGGACAGGGACAGGGGAGCAGUACUCCAUCCUCUAGGUACCACACAAUCUCCCAAACUCAGGGUCACAGCCAGGCAAGCCUGGAGUGUGCAGGAAGCUCUGUGGGAUCUGCCUAUAUUUCACAUGAGCUUUAGAUAAACCGAGUGACUAAAGUCUGUCAUUGCGGAUUAUUGACAGUAGUCAACAGUAAUGCAUCUGUGUGACAGCGAAAUAAAUCGUGAGCACAUUUUGUACAAGCAGGGGUCACAUUCUGGUCCUGUGUGACCUACUGUUAACAUGGAGAUACUGAGGCAGGGUUGGGCAGUAGUAGAACCCUUUUUAAAAUUAAAAAUACAUUUUUAUGGUAGAUAAAAUGAAGUAUCUGUAUUCAGCCCUGUAUUAAAUGAUAUGAUGAUAAUUAUGUAAGAACGUUUGAAGACCUUGGUGAAAUGAAUUUAU